AUGGCGGGGCCUAGCUCGGCUGAGGGGUAUAUUGUCUCUGUGGAACUUAUUUGCGCUGAACAUUUGCAGCGCACCCUGCUUGCGUGCGACGAGGCGACGGCAUUUCAGCGCAUUGUGGCUCAGGCCGUUGUGCUCCAUGGAGGCCGUUGGGGCUUUGAGCAGCACCACGCUUUGGGAGUUGGCGGGCAUCAUGGGUUUCCGCCGGGAAAUGGAAUGGCGCAACAGGACGUGUGGAAGGCUUCAAGGGGGGCAGUGUGUGCGGAUCGUGUGUUGGAGCGGCGAGAAAGGUUUAUGCAAAAUGAAGGGAGUCUGCUGCGCAGGAUAGCAUUGGCAUCUAGAGGCAUUCGCCAAAGUGGCGCGGCGUUGUAUGCCCCAAGUGGAUCUUCCUUUUGA